GCCAGCCUGGCCUAGCCACACACGCACCAUGAAGUACCCUCUGGUACCGCUGGUGAACGAGCUGACGUUUUCUUUCCUGGUGUUCUGGCUCUGUCUGCCCGUGGCUUUGCUGUUGUUCUUGCUGAUCGUCUGGCUACACUUCUUACUCAUCCAAGAUUCAGAGGAAGAUGACUCAGAUGUUUGCUUUGAUUGGGAGCCCUGGAGCGAAGGCCCCGCCAAGUUUUGCCAGAAGACACUCCAUAGCCAAGAGGAGGAGAGGCCCUGCUAG